AUGUCAAGAGCAAAUAGUCCCGCAGCUCCACAAGGAAAUAAUGAAAACCAACAAGUGGCAGGUAAUAUUGAAGGGCCCAUGAGGAGGCCACGGGAUGAAAAUGUACCGCCACCUCCUGCUGCUGCUGCUGCUCAGCCUCCACAAAUACGGCAGAGAACUGAAGAGGGGCCCAACUGGACGAUGAAUAGUUCUAUUGAAGAUGUAUUGCUGCAACGCUGUGAGGGUUUGAGGGAUAUGAAGUUGCAUGACUUUCUGCUGAAAAAAUUCUCUAAUACGUAUGACACAGAGAAUGUGGCAAUGGAUGUGUUUGUUCAGAGCCCGGAGUAUUAUAUUUUGGAUGCCGGGAUUCUAGGAAGGAUACGGCGGCUUGAUGAAUUUAAAACAGUGAGGGCAGCUAUUUAUCUGUCUGAGAAGGAAAUUUACUACCUCCGGCAGUGGGAGGAGAAGGGAAGAGGGGAAAUAAGGGAAUUUGUUGGUCCCGUGGCGAGGGGAAUGUUGGAUGGAGCGUUGGCGGCCGCCAAAGAAGCAAGGAAACGAGCUCACCAAACAGCUGAUGGUGUCGAACUGAAAGGAGUAUAUGAAUCCGUAUACAAUGCGACGUGGGGUUAUGUGGAAUCGGGCCACAAUGAUUUACCUCUUGGCAUGAAGGUUGUGGGUAAUAGUGACGGCGAGCCCGAGUUGUGGACAGAAGAGGAGGUGAAUGUCAGUCACACGCCUUAUGACUUGUGCGACCCACUGCCUCGUCACGGUAAUUUAGAGAUUGCUGUGCUCACCUCGCAGAAGGGUUGGCCGUUUAACCGUUUCCGUAUUCCGCGAAGUGUAAUUCAAGAGGGUGCGGAGGAACCAGGAGACUACGUGUUUGACCGGGAUGUGUACAUUCGUCGAGAGGUAAUGAGAGUGUGGUAUCUUGUGAAGCAGAGGCUGGAUUUGUGGUUAGGGCCAGGCGUGAAUAAAAAAAAGAUACCUUGCGUCCUCGUUGGCACUCCAGGUAUUGGGAAAUCAUUUGGUGUUGGCUCGUUUCUGCUCCAAACCCUGGCGAUGCCGGCCACCUCAACGUGGUGCCAGGGUCCAGUACCCCGUAUCAUCGGGGGAAGCCAAGAGCCAGCAGCGUUCCUUUCAUGGGGAACACUGCUGUGCUCCGGCUACGGCAUCAUACAGCACAGGGAUCAGCAGCGUCUUGCUGGGACACCGUCUUUCAUUUGUCGGUCCCUGGGCACGUGCCAGCGUGCCAUCAGCAGUAUCAUCCGCACUAAGAUGCUGCUGUCCGGUGAUGUGGAAGAGAAUCCCGGCCCGUCGUUGCGCGGGAUGCAGUGGAACUGCGCCGGGCUAUCUCAAGGAAAGAGAUUAGCACUCCACAAAACCCUUGUUGAUGAGCGGAUCGCCUUUUGUCUGUUGAGCGAGACAAGGAUGACGCCUGGAGAGGCGGCUUGCUUUAGCGUUGCUGGCUACCAACAUCACGGAAUAGCUCGUAACUGCAAAGGAGGUGGUGUAUCAAUACUAGUGAGGGAGGACCUACCAGUCGAGACCGGUAUGGCCGUUAUUGGUCGCAUUGAACAAGUGCAUGCAACAAUUCACCUUGCACGUGGAACGGCGCUGACUGUCACGUCGGCAUACAUCCCACCAAAACACACCUUCACGGCAACUGACCUAGAUACGCUUCUGACGACUGACGGUGCCCAGCUCAUCGGUGCAGACGCUAACGCACACGCGUUGGCAUGGGAUCGCGCGAGCCCACCAAAUACCAAGGGUGAAACCCUCACACAGUGGUGCAUUGACAACCAGUUUCUGGUCUGCAACACUGGUGAGUGCACCAGGUACGCGCGCCACCACGGGGAGUCCACCCCUGAUGUGACACUGUCAAGGAAUUGCACAGUGUACACGUGGACAUCGCUGUAUUCUCCCGAUAGCGAUCACCAUCACAUAUUUUUCGACGUUAUCGUUGGAGACGACACAGAUGCACUGAGUUGCCCGCGGCUUCAAAAGCCCAUGUACGCAUGGCUAAAAGCUAACUGGAGGAAUUUCCGUCUCAAGGUUGACGAGCUCUGCAGGAAAAUUGGUAGAGAGAAGAACGUCAACACCCUGGAACAGAAAUUGAGCUCCGCCAUCCGCAUUGCGACGAAGGUCUCCGUCCCCCGUGGCUGCAGAGCAACGCCACCACAUUGGACACCUGAGCUCGCGAAACUCGAUGAAGAGAUCGCUGGAUGCGGACCCUCCCACCGAAGGGAAAAGUUGGUAGCCACGCGUAAGCAGAUCCUGGACCGUACCACAAAGAAGAGAUGGAGCACGCUAUGCUCCAGACUUGCGGUGUCAGACCGCUGCAGUUGGCACAUUGUCAAGAAGGUAUAUGCGCCACGACCACUAACCACACCGGCUGUACUUGUAGAUAACGCGGCCAUCACGGACUACCGUCAAGCUGAGAGGUUCAGUAAACUGUACUCGUCCCGCGCAAGAAGGCACCCCGACUCACACCCACCGGCACCAAUAAAGACGAUAGCGAGUGAGUUCAGUCCCAUCACGAUGGCUGAACUACGGAGAUCGAUCAAACUGCUACCGAGUGGAUCCGCAGCCGGACCUGAUUGCUUAUACAACGAGGCACUGCAACAUCUCGGCAGAACAGCGCUGAAUGUUGUUCUGAGGCUAUUCAAUGAGAGCCUACGAACGGGAGUCGUGCCGCCUGCAUGGAAGACUGGUGUUAUCAUCCCCAUCCUGAAGGCCGGAAAAAAGGCGGAGGACCUCGAUUCUUACAGGCCUGUGACGCUCACGAGCUGUCUCUGCAAAGUCAUGGAGCGCAUAAUUGCCGCGAGACUUAGAGACACUGUUGAGUCCCAGCUGACGCCGCAGCAAUCAGGCUUUCGCCCCGGAUGCUCAACGCUCGAACAACUCCUGCACGUCCGCGCUGCCCUCUGCCGUCCCACGCACCAAUAUCGUACGGGUGCUGUAUUCGUUGACUACGAGAAGGCAUUUGAUACAGUAGACCACGACAAAAUUGCGAGGGAAAUGCACAGAAUGAAGGUAUCACCCCACAUUGUGAAGUGGUGCGUAUCAUUUCUGAGUAACCGAACUGGCAGAGUGAGAUUCAAGGAGAAGCUUUCCAGAAGCAGAACAUUUGAGCGAGGAGUGCCACAAGGAACUGUCCUUGGCCCAAUCAUGUUCAUUAUUGUCAUGAACUCGUUGAGCCAACGCCUUGCAGAGGUGCCGUUACUGCAGCACGGAUUCUUUGCAGACGACCUAACGCUACUUGCGAGGCACACAGAGAGGGAUGUCAUCAACCACACACUACAAUGCGGUCUAAACGUGGUGUUACAGUGGUCAAAAGAGUACUUCAUGUCUGUCAACGUAGCGAAAACAAAGUGCACACUCUUCGGGUGUAUAGAGCGCCACCCCCUUACAUUACAACUGGACGGUGAAAGAAUAGGAGCUGACAGGACACCGAAGCUUCUAGGAGUAACAUUCCAGUGUCUGCAGGGGAUGGCAACACAUGCGGCCGAAACGAGACGCAAGAUGGACUUCCGACUACUGCAGAUAGCAGCCAUCUCAGCUUCUACAUGGGGGCCAAGACGACAAGUACUGAGAACUUUUUAUCUAGCACUCGUACAGGCACACACCAUGUAUGGCAUUGAGGUAUGGUACUGGGACGCUUCGGAACGAAGUCGCGACCUCCUUGCAUCAGCACAACACAAAGCCAGUCGCAUCAUAGCCGGCAUACCGCAUGGGACGCGCAAAGAGGACUCUCUGCUGGAAGCAAACCUCCUGCCACUCAAGACGGCCACUCUUGUGCGCAGCAUGAAAUUCAUGCUGAUGUGUGAGUCACGAGGCGGAUGUUUGCGGCGCAGUGCUGAAGAAGUAUACCACAGCAAACACCCAGUCAGAGCCCUACAUUCCCGUAUCAUGCGGUCCUACCCCCACCUCCGCAUUGAGCCACGCGAGCACCCACUAGAGACAUCGACGCUCCGCCACAGCUGCCGACCGAUAUUUCACACGCAGAUAAAGCCUGUGUGCGCUGAUGACCCUGACGAUGUCAAAAGGGAGGCUUCCGAAAAGUGGAUUGAACGACAUUUUGCACGGAGGGGGAAGGAGCCACCGCGGCGAGAGCACUACGAAUUGUGGACUGAUGGAUCCGUGUCCCUCGGUGAGAAGUCCGGAGCAGCUGCCCUGCUCUAUAGAAACAACACGCUGAUUUGUGCACCUAAGACAGGAGCAGGGGAACUUUCAUGCAGUUACAGAGCGGAAUGCGUAGCAUUAGAGAUAGGACUGCAACGGCUGCUGAAAUGGCUUCCGGCAUACAGAACCACACCGAGCAGGUUGUCCAUCUUCUCUGACUCGCUGUCAAUGUUAACAGCACUGCAGACAGGCCCCCUAGCCGUAACGGACCCAAUUCUAAGACGACUAUGGAGGCUUCUGCUUCAAGUUCAGAGAAGGAAGAUACGUAUCCGACUGCAAUUUGUGUUUGGCCAUUGUGGCGUGAAACGGAAUGAGGUUUGCGAUGACAUGGCCAAAAAGGCCGCAGAUUUACCACAGUUGCGAGACACAUGGAUCCCCGACAUCAUUGCUUAUGCGAAGCGAGUGCUUAGGUCGGAAGAAGUCCAUGAGAACACUCAUAGGUUUGGUAUCACGGGCAACCACUUUCCAACAAAACAUAAGGAAGAACUGACGAGGGAAGAAGAAACGGCACUGGCACGCUUUCGGGUUGGGUCUUCAAGACACUAUGGAUGGAUGUUGCGAAAGAUUAACCCGAGUGUGCCUCCACAGUGCCGAUGGUGCAACCCGCAACAUGCAGAGAUAGGGCCAACAAUACAAACAGCCCCAACUGUUGCGACACGCACUCUUCAAAGAACCUCCGAACCGACCAAAUGUACGGAAUGUGAUGCCACAUACCAAUGCCGCUCGAGUGCUGUAACGCAUAUGGUAAACAAACAUGGCUUUGUGCGAGCUGAUGCCCUCCGGAGGAUCAAAUACGGCGAUGCAACACCUGCAGUGGAUAUCCCCCCGGAGCCCCCUCCAGUGGUGGCGAUCGUUCCCCUACCAUCGAGCACACGAGUCCCGAUGAGACCGCAGGUGCUUCAUUGUACCAUCUGUGCCUCCAAAUUCGCAGUGCCAGGCAGACUACUACACCACCUUAGAACAAUACAUGGCAUAGGCAGCGGCAGUUGCCGCGUGAAAAGGGGGCGAGAGAACGAGGACUCAGUGCAAGGAGAUGGUAAAGCCCCAGCAGCGCCAGCCUCUCAGGAUACACGGAAGCUGCCGUUUCAAUGUGACCUGUGCGAGGCGAGCUUCGGUACACGUUCUUCCCUGACACUACACAAGAAAUUCAAACAUAAAAGCAUAGUGACGGAGGACGGUACCGUGGUGUUGGUGCAAUUCCCUCGUAAGCGUGCCCGUGAGGGAAACGUUGACGUCCCGGGGAAGGGCGAGGUGCAGUGUGGUGUGUGCCAAAAAGUGCUCAGUUGCAGGGACUCCCUCAUCCGACACUGUAAGGCUUUCCACAAAGGUGAGGGAGUCGAGCUUAAAUGCAGCAAAAGCACAAAAUUGUGUGCCACUGAUUCCCCGCAUACAAACACAUCCAUGUUGGUGUGCCCGACAUGCGGAAGGCAGUGUGCUAGCAAAACUGGCCUCACCCUACAUCAAAAGAAGAUGCACGGUAUGAAGGUAGAGCGCGCUGUUACCAGCCAACGCGGCGACUGCGAAGAAACGUCGCUGCACUUGAUGAGCUGUCCCGGUUUGAAGGAGUUACGUGUCAGAUUUGCGGUAGAAGGUGAGUGUGUGCAGGAUGUAUGUUUCUCCAAAAGGCUGGCGCAGUUUCUCAUUGCGGUUGAACGGAGCCGGCCGCAGGUGAAGUCCUCACCUAAGGUAACAGUCAUACAACCCACUCUCCCUUCUGCAACUUCCCCCCUUAUUGCCGAAUGUGGAGCUAGCAGGAAAAGCACCGGACGCAGGAAUAGUCCAGACACCCUCAGAGACAGAGGAGGUAUGCAGUCAACAAGCAACAGAAACAGAAAGAGGGGGAGAGAAUAAUAAACGAAUAACAAAAAUCAAAACAAAAGGAUUGCUAAUUGACAUCUUUGGGAGAGUCCGGGGUGAGGGGGGCUUCUCGCCCCAUCUACUGUAUUCCGUUCAUAUGCGGAGCUACAACAAAAAUUAUAGAGGGUGUGUUAGGAUGAAUAAAAAAGGGAGACUCUGCCACAGUCGCCAGACCGAUAGCAUCUCAGGGCUCUACGGUGAUGGCUGAUGGCCGCGCCAGUUGGGAGAAACUCUCACGAAGGCACGAAGAAAAUUCAAAAAAAAAAUUCUGCUCCAAAGGUUGCUGCAUUACGAUUCGGAGCUGUUGCGGAUUAUCGCUUAUUUUGUGAAGGGUAGGGCAUAUAUUUUCUUCAGGGCGACAAAUGUUCAUCCGAGAAAGGUUGUAUUUUAUGAAGAAGAAAAAGAUGGAGUGGAUGCUGUCAAUGACUUGGCUGAUGAAGAAGGUCUUGGUUACAUUAUAUACGACUUUGCGAAAGAGAGAGAUGAACCCAUACCGACAAAAUUGCCGGAAACGUGGCCCGUAAUUGUGUUGACAUCUCCAGAUCCAAAUAACUACAGACGCUGGAAGCGGCCACGGGCUUGCGAGCGCUUUUGCAUCAAUUGCUAUGAAGAGGUGGAACUGAAGGCUGCGGUUGCGUGGAGGCGGCUGUCGAAGUUGGACGAAAGUAAAAUCACCGAAGCUCACAUCAUAAACCUUGAGAAUGAAUGGCAGAAAAUAGAAGGAUGGAUUAAGAAGGUGGGCCCACUGGCCCGCCAAGUACUGGAAGGUGAAAAACGCUACAAGGGCCGCGUUAGAGAAAUAAAUGAGGCACUGGCAGAAAUCAGUAGAGGCGAUGAUAGUCACUACAUGAAGGUGCUGAAUAGUCGAGUUCAAUGGCGCCAGGACGGGACUACUUACAUGUUAGCUAAGUUGGUCCGGGUUGUAACUGAGAAUGGAGAAGAAUGCAGAAACAGAGCUGUUUCCAUUGAUAUUGAGCAGAAAUUGAGAGUGUGGGCGAACACAGCAUGUAUGCGAGACAAUUACCUUCGAAAGGUUUUUCGUGGGAAAGAAGAGCGGGCCGCUGAUGAAUUUGAAAAUGUGGGCAUAUUUGCCUUCACGAUGAGAAAUGUUGUGCAGACGAUUGUGACGCACCUGCGGUAUCUCCCUCGCGUUGGAGAAGAAAUGGAUUCAAAUGUAUCCGCUCUGGCAAGUGGUAAUGCCGUGGGACGUGUUCCAACUUCACUUCGUCAUAUUUACCCCGAAACGACAGGCCAAGACAUCAAGGUUGGGUGCCUUUACCGACCUGUACAGGGAAAUUUCCCCGUUGUGGACGCCUUUUUCUUUGUAACUGAGCCAGCUGUUGAUAGAGAAGGAAGAGCGAUCAUUACAACAACAAUUGUUCUGCUCCAGGCGACAGUGGCACCAACGCAUCACACGACACGAGAGAAGGUAGAUAAGUUUAUCAAGGCAAUGAAACAAUUGUUUGGUGAAUGGGAUAAGCUCGCAAGAAACUUGAAAUGGGAGCUGAUUUACAUACAGUACAGUGACAGCAAGCCAAUCGAGGAGAGGCAGAAGUGCGAACCAGUUGGGGGCAGAGGCGAUUAUACUACAGAGUUGUGGAAUAGAAUCAACCAGUUUCAAGUGAAGAUGGAAGGGAAUAUUGUUAAGGAGAUCACCCAGGAUGAACCAAACGCUAUUGCUGGUGGCCCCGCUGCCUGA